AGCAAGAUGGCGUCUGACGGUGAAGACGUUAUUGCAGUCGUCACAGUUCAGUGUUCUUAAUCUGUGCGUCCAUGUACACAUAUAUGUCCUUUAUUACACUCUAUUAAAUAGAGUCAUAAUAACUGUUUGUAUAUUAGUCUGAGCGCACUUCUCCAGCUAGCUUAGCUUGCUAGUUAGCUUAGCUUGUUAGCUGCUAACAAAGAGAGAUGAAAACACAUCGCUAAGCAGAGAUCAAGUGUGAGUGUAAAGUGUUGUGAUUGUGUGAAAAUGUGCGAAAGAACCAUAGCAGAGUACGAGGAGGAACUUUGUCCAACAAAAGAGGAGAAGGAGCGACAACAUGAAAAACAUCAAGUUGUGUUACACACAACAGACAUCCAUCAGCUGAUUGGACACCAAGAAGAAUGUCUCCCUCAUCUGCAGGGGGACAGUUUCACUUCAGAGGAUCCACAGCCCUCACACAUGAAAGAGGAAGAGGAGGGAGAGUGUCCUGUAGGGCAGGAGGAGGAUGAUGUCAGCAAGUUUCCACUGACUGUUGUCUCUGUGAAGACUGAAGAGCAUGAAGACAAAGCACCUGAGUCCUCACAGCUUCAUCACAGUCCAAACGUCUGUGAAGAACAACUUCUGCCUGAAAAACAGGAGAGUAGCUUCAGGAUGUUGAAGGAGGAUCCACCAAAGAGGAAGACCAGGCACCACGGACCCUCUGAAGUCCCCUUUUCCUCUUUGACACAGACCCUGCCCUGUAAAAAGGAAGAGGAAGACUCACUGACCCCCCACAUUAAAGAGGAAGAGGAGGAACACAGCGUUAGUCAGGAAGUGACUGGUGUCCCUGUGAAGAGUGAAGAUGAUGAGGUCAAAGGUGAAAGUGAGGAGAAGAGAGAGGCGGAGCCUCCAAGCAGCAGCUCAACACAACACAUGACAACAGAAGCUGAUGGAGACCACUGUGGAGGAUCACAAGCAGACAAGAUCUUAGCUCCACUAUCAGAUAGUGAGGACACAACGUCACACUCUCCUGACACUGAUGAUGAACACUCUAAAGAUGAUGCAACAUGUCACACUGACAACACUCACUUCACAUGUUCUCACUGUGACAAAACUUUUAAAUACCAUAGUGAUCUGAAAACACACAUGAGAAUACACACUGGUGAAAAACCUUUUUCUUGUUCAAUCUGUGGUAAAGGUUUGACACAAAGGCGAUCUUUGAAAAUACACAUGAGAAUACACACUGGUGAAAAACCCUUUUCCUGUUUAACCUGUGGUAAAGGUUUUACACAAAGUCAUCAUUUGAAAGGACACAUGAGAACACACACUGGUGAAAAUCCAUUUUCCUGUUCAACUUGUGGUAAAGGUUUUACACAAAGUCAAUAUUUGAAAGUACACAUGAGAACACACACUGGUGAAAAACCUUUUUCCUGUUCAACUUGUGGUAAAGGUUUUACACAAAGUCACAGUGUGAAAAGACACAAGAGAAGACACACUGGUGAAAAACCUUGUAUCUGUUCAAUCUGUGGUAAAGGUUUUACACAAAGUCAACAUUUGAAAGGACACAUGAGAGCACACACUAGUGAAAAACCCUUCUCCUGUUCAAUCUGUGGUAAAGGUUUUACUAAAAGGCAAUCUUUGAAAAGACACAUGAGAAGACACCCAGGAGAGAAAGUGUUGAGUUGCAGUGUGUGUGGUGAAAGAUUGUCUUCUAAGUACCAGUGUAAGAAACACAAGUGUGCUGGUGAGAACAGCAGCAGCAAAUGAAACUGCAGGAUUUGAAAUAAACUGUCAAGACUUUAAUGUUGACUUUCUAACAACAUCAGCACAUAUAACA